UUUUAAUUCGUGCCGUGAACACAUGUGUAAGGCUUAAUAUUACAGGUCUUCUAUCAUUAAACGUGCAGUAGAAAAUAUGUAAUCUACAAAAGGAGUUUAAAAUGGGCGACUCGGAUUCUGGAUCAGACGCCGAGUAUGCGGGGAUAGAGCAGCCGCCCAUCAUCGACCAGCUCCGGCGUAUCCUGGACGAAUACAGGAAUGAUGUACAGAUCAUUAAGGAGCUGGUACAGAACGCAGACGAUGCGGGAGCGUCCGAGUUACGGGUACUUUACCAAGGAGAAACCUUUAACCAUGAGCCUCCAACCCGCGGUGAUCGAUUCCGGAAAUUCUUCAAGGCACCGGCUCUGGUUUUCUACAACGACGCUGAGUUUACCGAGGACGACUGGCGGGGCAUCCGACAGAUAUAUGCUAGCAUCAAGGCUGACGACCCGAUGAAAAUUGGAAAAUAUGGCCUGGGAUUCAAAUCCGUCUUUCAUUUGACAGAUCAUCCCUGCAUAGUUAGCGGUCAGAAGAUACUUUUCAUCGAUCCUCAUGAGAGAAAUCCAGGAAAGGUCUGUGUCACUAUGAAAUUAAAUAAACUACGAACAUGGCGACGACUUGACAUGAACAUUUGCCUUCGCGCUCUUGACGGUCUAUUUGGGUUUGAUAGUGAUACUCUAGACAGCGGGCGAUUCCCGGGUACCUUGUUUUGGUUUGGCCUAAGAACUGAACCAAACAAACUUUCUGAAAGCAUAUGCGAUGAAAACCAAGUAGAACGACUUAUGCAAGCAUUUAUCGAUGAAUCAAAGAGGAGUUUGCUCUUCCUAAAGACGAUUUGCAGCGUGAAGAUGUUUGCGAAUUCAUCAAAAGAAAAAUCACAACAUGUGGCUCCCGAUUCAUCUCGAAUUUUAUAUCAAAUGUACAAAGGCAUUGGCACCCCAUUCUGUCAAGUGAGCAUUGAUAAUGAAAAGGGGAAUCUGCGACACCAAAGAAAAGAGAUGUUGGCGGAAGUGUCUGAGAUAGGAAGAUCGAUACCAGCCGAGUCUAAAAUGUGGACUGAAACUGUCACAGUGCAUACGGAGAUUUUCGGCAAUUGCACUGUGUCCAAAUGGUUUAUGAUUAGCUUUAUGAAAGGAGGCGACGUGUCGGAACGAUUUAGGACAUUACUGGCCGAUGAAGACAUUUGCAAUCCGCAUUUAGUUGGACUCGCUUCUCCUAUUGUGGAGAAGGGAGAGUACAAUCGAAACAAAGGCCACGUAUUUGUAUAUCAACCUCUACCGCAAGAGUCUAGCGCGGUGACCGGACUUCCUGUGCAUGUGAAUGCAUUUUUCGUGCUAAGUCAGAAUCGCAGGCAUAUACGAUGGCCAGAUACCGAUAACGAAGUUGUGGACAAGAAAAUUGAAUGGAACUUGAAGUUGGUGUCUGAAAUUCUACCACACGCAUACGCCAGUUUGAUAAUAGAGAAUGUCCGGUACUGCAAAAACAACGGAUGCGAGGCACACUUAGUUAAGGGUAUCUGUAAUGCAAUACCCGAUACCAAUCUAGUUAAUGAGAGAUGGCUAAAACUGUGUACUGAGACAUUGCGUUUGCUUUGGAAACAGCCGAUACUAAGGACGCUAAAUUUGAGUUGGAUAGAACCACAAAGUGCUGUUUAUUUGUGCAGGAACAAGGUCCCCAAUGUUCCACAAAGAGUUUUGGAGCAUGUUGUUUCAGUCUUCAUGGCCGACAACCCUGCGCUUACCGACGUUAGCGAUCAUGUUGCGGAUUCGUUUGAAGGAACUCACCCAGGAAAAUUGUCAUACUUAACACCUGGUCUUUUGCGCAACAUCCUGUUAGCUAACGAAACCUACAAAUCUCGAGACAAUAAAGUAAAAUUGAGCCUGCUCCAGUUCCUUUCAGUUGACAAUAAUUAUACUCGUUUCGAGUCUCUUGAACUUUUACCACUGGCCGAUUCAACAUUCACAAAAUUUGAGAAAACAGCUUCUUCUGUUUACGUAGAGGAUCAAGAUACAACCAAACUGUUCAGUGACCAAAGCGAAAAGUUUCUCGAUGAACAAGCCUUUGAACAUCACAGCACUUUGUUCAAAAACUUGGAAAAAACGGGCUUUUUUCAACUAAAACACCUAGACACUACCGACGUCAUCAAGUUAAUCUCUGAAGCACUGAACCACUUUGACGUCCACGGCGGUGAAACUGUGCAGAAUUCAAAAGUAGAAUGUUGGAUAAAGGACCUUUGGACCCAAAUCAUCUUGCCGAGAUGGGGAAGCAACUUGUGUGCAUUUGAAAACCUCCCAAUAUUCAUGGCAUGGCAGCGUAACGCAACUCUGCGUUUGGUAAGCUUAAAAGACUUAAUUAUGAUUGCCCAUAAUAUUGAAGACAAAAGAAAAGAAGAAUGUAUUGACCAAUCGUUUUGUUUAUUUGGCGUCAUCGUGAUCUAUAAGUUACCAGAUUGGUGUAACGAUCCUCGUAUCAGAAGUUAUGUUCUACCCAAUACAUCUGAUGGCAUUAUGUCUGCCAUGGAGAGGGUAAGUGUUGAGCGAACCAAAAUGUUCAAUGAAGAUUCGACAGUCUGUCAAAAAGACUGUUUACGGGAAUUUCUUUCUGAAGUAUUCGAAAACAAAACCAUAUCAAUGGACUGUAGGUCAAAGUUGAAACAUUUUAACAUUUUCACUAAGUCCGACCUAAAGAUCUCGGAGCACAUUUCAGCACAGUCAUCCAACGACGUAUAUUUCAUUGACAGUUUCCCUGUUGAAUUUCCUAUGCCUGUGUUAUUGGCAAACUCACAAGCUGAAUUAUCUCUUCUGAAAUCCUUGAGAAAAAAUGCAAAAACAACGAAAGAUAUGAUAGUGCAUGCACUGCAACAAAAGGAUAAAUACACUACCGAAACUCUUCAGAAGCUUAUGUUUUGGUUGCUAAAUAAUUCAAUUUAUUUAGAAGACGACACUAUCUUGAAGCUAUCUAAGCAAACGGCAUUCCUGACGACAGAUGAAAAUGUGACUUGUAAAGCAUGCGAACUAUUUGAUCCCAGCGAUGAGGUGCUCAAGAACAUUUUCCUUGCAGAAUCCGUGUUUCCUGUUAUCGAAGACUUGAAGAAUUCUACCUUAAGUAAUUUAUUUCGGAUCGGUUUAAAAAGAAGAAGUGACAUAAGGAAGGAAAACAUACAAACGUCAAUUGAACGGGUAGAACGUUUGGCCCUAGAAAACUAUGAAAUGGCGAGGUGCAAGUCAAAGAGUCUUAUGAAGUUCUUGAAUGAACACAUUGACUUAGUUCCAGUGGAAGAAAGCAAGUAUAAACACUGGAUAGUUGUAGAUUUUGAUGAUGAAACCUAUCCGCAAAAUAUGCCGCUAAAAUCUCGCGCAUCCACCCAUUUGGUGUCUCCUGAUUCUAUUGUAUCCUCCAAAUGGGUAUAUACUGUUGGAUCUGUCACUAACGUCCACAACUGCAAGGACUUGCCUGAGCUUGCCAACGUUUACAACUGGAACAACACUCCAAAAUGUACAAACGUUAUUGACCAUCUUUCAAAUGUAAUUAGCGUAUUUCAGCCUCAGAAUAAAACAGAGUGCUUAAAAAUGAUAACGGAUAUCUACAAACAUCUGUCCGAGAGGUCGAUGGAAAAUGAUGAUGUUUUCGAUGAAAUGAAGCAGAAAUGGGACCAGAUAUUUAACAAUGGCCAGGUGGCAUGUGUAUGGAAUGGAUCAGAUUUUUCCCCAAUUUCAAAUAUUUACAUUGAGUCGCAGGAGGGUGAUGUAAAUUUGCAUCAUUACAUGAGACUGUUACCAAGUGAAAUGAUGGAUGUUAGUGAAUUUUGCCUAAGACUUGGUUGCCAACCAAGGUUAGGGCUCGAAACCUAUUUAAAGGUGUUAUCAGAAAUCGAUACUGAUAGUAUGAACGGUACACUGAAUGGGCAAAGCGAGACUCUAAAGAUAGCAAUUGAUAUUUUGAAUACCAUUAAUGAAAAAUAUUUUGAAGAGACUGAUGACGAUUCUGUCAGGGAACGAUUGCUUUUUCCGAUCGAUAAACCGGACCAAAUCGUUUUGCAACCCGUCUCAAAAUGUGCAUUAAACGAUCUCGGAAGUAACUUCGACGACAAUCCCUUCGACGACGACGAAGAUAUUCAUUUUAUAAAUCCGAAAGUUCCAGAUUUAACGGCCAAAGCGCUUGGGGUUAAAUCGGCCAUGCAACAGUUGUUGUCCUCAAGUGAUGCAUUUGAAGAAUGGGGACAAGAAGAACCUUUGACACGACGAAUACAUAUGCUGUUACAAGAGGGCUACGUUGAAGGCCUGGCAAUAGCAAAGGAACUUUUGCAAAAUGCUGACGAUGCUGGUGCAAGCAAGCUGUAUAUACUCUAUGACCAACGGACGAAUGACGACUUUAAGAGUAAGCUGUUAAGUCCGGAACUGAAAGAGUUUCAAGGUCCAGCGCUGUGGGCGUUCAAUGAUGCAGUUUUCAGCGAAAAGGAUUUCAAAAAUAUAACGAAAUUGGGUGGAGCUACAAAAGAAACAGAUGCGUCUAAAAUUGGAAAAUUUGGACUUGGGUUUUGUUCAGUGUAUAAUGUCACAGAUGUACCAAGCUUUGUUUCUAGAGACAGUUUCGUCAUGUUUGAUCCUCAUAUGACACACCUGAGUAAAGCCUUGCCUGGUAAAAACCCAGGAAUAAGAAUAAACUUUAAAAAUGAAAGAAACAAGCGAACACUACAGAGGUUGAAACAUCAGUUUCAGGUGUUCGAUAAUAUUUUUGGAUGCAACCUUACGGAUGCUAGUGAACCGUUCUUCAACGGAACGUUGUUUCGCUUACCUCUUAGAGUAAGAGGGAGUGAAAUUAGUGAUAAGAUCUUCUAUAAAGAAAGCAUAACAGAGCUGCUCGGGAUUGUAAUAAAAAUGGCACCCAACAUGUUCCUCUUCAACCAGAAUGUAAAUGAACUAAAGAUAUUUCAUCUGAAUCAGUCUGAAUCGCCAGAUGAAAUGAAAUUGGUGUUCGAAUUACAAAAGGAUAAAGCUUGCCUGAUUCCAAAAUCACUUGGAAAUAUUGGUAUUGUUCAGGAAACAAUUAGACGAAAGCAGAACAACGAUCUCAAGUCUAAUCCACUGAGAGCAAUACAGAAAAUUUCCGUUUCUUAUCAGUCCCACAAGAACAAACCAAUGGGUACUCAAAACCAUACAGCAGAUAAAGAAUGGUUCGUGUCGUGGGCAACUGGUGUUAAUCAAGCUACUCUAGACUUCGCGUGCAAUGACGAUGGUGCUUUACCUCUUGGUUCAGUUGCAGUUGAAUGUGCAAAAUGUAUUGAUGGAGUCCUGAAAUGCUUCCCAAUUACUGUGUCAAAUGAUUCUUAUAAGGAUCCUCAAGGAAAGUAUUUCUUCUUUUUGCCACUUCCAAUUGCAAAUAAACUUUUCUUUCACAUAAACGGCCAAUUCACGGUUACAUCAAAUAGAAGACAUUUAAGGACAGUAACAGAAGAUGACACAAACAAAUCUCAAGCUAAUUGGAACGAGUACCUCAUGUCAGAUAUCAUUGUGGAAGCACUCGUUUAUUUAUUUGAAAAUAGCCAUUUCCAAACACCGAAUGAAUUCCGGUUUUGGCCUGCUACAACAGAACACGAUGAAUUUGAAAAACACUUGGUGAGUUCUUUCUACAACAAAAUUUCAAAAGAAGACAACAGAGUUUUCUGGGACAAAGGAAGUACAUAUUCGUUUUCACAAAUUGUGCUCAUUGACCCGGAACUGCAUAGUAUUGAAGAGGAUGCCGUGGGAAACGUAGCGUUUGAAAUGCUUCAGACACUGCUUAAUAAAACAAUAUUGAUUUCCUUACCAACAAAUGUGCAUAUGGCCUUUGAAACAAAUGUUGGUGAGGUCGUAAAAAGAAAGACUAUAAGAAUAGUGCAGUUUAUUAUCAAAUAUUUCUUGCCCAACCUUACACAUUUCGGUGGAAAUCCUGAUAUAGAGAGAAAAAGAGAUUCUGUGACACGAUUUAUGUUAAAUAUGGUUUCAUCGUCAACUGAGGUCCGAAACAACGUCUGCAAAACUGCGUGUAUUCCAACAGAACCACAUGCAUCCCUUAAGUUACCAUCAGACCUUGUUUACAAACAGUCCAAGAUUGCUGUGUUGUUUGACGUAGAUGAUGAGAGAUUUCCAUGUGAGCCUUUUCAUGAAAUAUUGACGGAACUCGGAAUGAUGAGCAAUACAAUGCCCGAAGAAAUAUUGAUCGAGAGAGUGAGAUCGGUGUGUUUAAAGAAGUGCUCACAGUGUGCAUAUGAAAGAUGUAUUCAUUUAAUGGAAUAUCUCGAAGACAAUGCCGUAAGUGAUACCUGUAUUGAACAAAUGCAGGCAAUACCUUUCCUUCCUGUAAUGCAAGCACCAGAUGAUUGGAAAUUUCCCUGGCAUGGAAGUUCUUUAAACGCUGUUGGACAUUUAUGUGAAAAGCACACGCAUACAAAGCAAUCUUUUGCAUUUUUAAAACCAACUGAAUUGUUCAUAAGCGACAAUUUAAAUCUUGUGGGAUGCCAUUCCUUCGUUGUCGAGCAUAAUUUUUGGAAGCGUGUUUGCGAUGAACUUAAGACUAAGCUUGAGUUGAAGAGAGUAAAACCCAACAAUGUAACUAUUGUAAUUGACCAGAUACAGAUCAUGUCGAAGUCGAAUGCGUUUGAUGUCACAGAGCUGGGAAUUAAACCGCUUUUGAAUGUUUACAGUUUUUUAGAGAAUUACUUCAAAGAAAACAACCAUGAUUCCGGUUCUAUUGCAGAGUCACUUAGAACAAUGUCCAUCGUGCUGAUCGAAAAUAAGUUUGUUUCGAUUAAAGAUGUUGCCAAGAGUCAUUAUGUGGAUUGCAGGCCUUUCCUGUAUGGUUUAAAGGAUUCUCCUAUCAGCAAAUAUUGUCAUUUGUGCGAUUGGUUGCAAAUCAAAGACAAAUUUAGCGCAGACGAUAUUGUAAACGUACUGCGUGUUCUUCAAAACAAAAACAAUGGGGUUGCUUUAAAAGACCAAGAUCUUGGACUCGUCAGGCGUCUAUUGGAAUGUCUUCAUACUGUGCUUAAAGUCUCCGAUCGGGAUUGGCAAGAUUACGACGUUAAAGAUGAACACAUUUUCCUGCCAGAUAUUGAUAAAAUUCUGAGGUCAAGUAGAGAGUUGUGUUUUGACGAGUUUAAUUCGACAGAUAUCAGUGAUGAAGAUUUUUUCUACGUUCAUACAGACAUUCCAGAAACACACGCAAAAUUAUUUGGCGUUAGAUCCAUUAAACAACAGAUUUUGUCUGAAACAGACGCAUUUGAGGAUUGGGGACAGGAGGAACCACUCACUAGACGCCUUAAAGUCUUGCUGGAAGAGGGAUAUGUCGAUGGGUUUUCUGUUGCAAAAGAACUCCUCCAAAAUGCUGACGAUGCAGGGGCUUCGAAAUUGUACUUUUUAUAUGACGAAAGGACAAAUGAAUCCAAACGUUCAUCUUUGCUUUGUGAAGAAAUGAAAAGUGCUCAUGGGCCUGCAUUGUGGGUCUAUAACGACGCAGAAUUUUCUGAUGAAGAUUUUGUAAACAUUACAAAACUAAACGGCGGUACAAAAGAACUGGAUACUAGAAAAAUAGGGAAAUUUGGGCUAGGGUUUUGCUCUGUUUACAAUUUAACGGACUUGCCUAGUUUUGUGUCUCGACAUAGCUAUGUAGUAUUUGAUCCCCACAUGCGAUACAUUCAUUCAAUUAUAACAGGCAAAAGCCCAGGACUGAGAAUAGACUUUUCUAAACCUAAGAAUGCGCGUGUGAUGUCUCGAAUGAGAAACCAGUUUGAAAUAUUUGACGACAUAUUUGGGUGCAACAUAACACAGCAAGAACAUCCGUUCUUUAAAGGUACUUUAUUUCGACUACCCUUACGGUCAUGUCCGAGCGAUAUAUCUGAGCAUGUAUAUGGAAGAAACGAAAUGAUAUCCCUCUUUCACAAGAUACAAGAAAUGGCACCAUUGAUGUUCAUUUUCAAUCAGAACGUGAAGGAAUUCAGGUUGUAUCAUAUGAAAAAAGGUGACUGUGUGGAUUACCGAGAAGUGUUUUCCAUACAAAAACAGUCCCUAAUUAUAUCGGCAAAUCCAAGCAUAAACACAAACGUCGUUGAAGAGGCUUCAAGAAUGAAAGAAGAACUUGAACUUGAAACAUCGUCACUUAGGGUAUUAGAAAAUGUUCGCAUUGAUGCAACGACUCUCGAAGAUGAGCAAAUAAAAUUUUCCUCAAAUAAAAACUGUUAUAAUUGGAUUGUGUCCUGGGCAACAGGAAAUAACAGGGCGACGUUAGAAAUAACAGGGAAAGAGAGAGGAUCCCUUCCAGUUGGUGCAACAGCAAUACCGAUUCUAAACAGUUUGAAAGUUAAACAUCUAACUUUGGCAGAAACUAUGAAUACAAAUGAAUGUAAAUUAUUGGAAAUUGGGCAAUACUUCUUCUUUCUUCCACUUCCAAUCGUAAGCCCAUACAAGUUCCAUAUAAACGCACAGUUUAGUGUAACAUCAGACCGACGACAUUUUAGAACAUCAACUCAAGAUGAUAUUGGAAAAUCUUCAUCAGCAUCCGGGGAAUGGAACAUAUGUUUAAUGUCAGAUGUUGUAGUAAGGUCUUUACUACAUCUUCUCGGAGGCUUAGGUAAGGCGGCUUAUCAGCUUUGGCCAACGGAGAACAAAAGAGACCUCGAAUCUGUGUUUGCUGAUUCGUUUUACCGGCAUAUAAUUGAGGAAGGGGAGGAUUUCAAAGUGUUUGAAAGCAAUAAAAUGCUUCUAGCGUUUUCAGAAGUAAUCAUCUUAGAUCCCCAAAUACGCAACAGUUCGGUUGGAAAUACAGUGUUUGAGUUUCUUUCAGGAAUAUGCACAGAAACAAGUUUGGUUGAUAUCCCUGAUAUAAUUUAUGAUAUGUUGGUUAAAACCAAUAAGGAAGUGGUCGAAAAGAAAACAAUAUCUUACAAAACUUUCGUUACAAAGUUUUUUUUAACAAACAUUCACAUAUUUGAAGAAAGUGCAAAGAGAGAUAAGAUCAUGUGCUACGUGUUGGAAAAUGUUUUAGACGAUGAUAUAGAACACUCAAUUAAAACUACUCCGUGCAUCCCUGUUAAGCCAGACGGCAAGUUGAAACUCAUAUCGGAUGUAGUUGAACCCUUUGCAACAGCAAGGAUAUUUGAACUAUUUGAAGAAAUAGAUGAAAGAUUUCCAAUGUACCCAUACGCCGAAGACAAAUUUAUACUAACGUUAAAAAGACUUGGUAUGCUACAUGAUCGUCUUCCACCGAACUUGAUCAUAGAUCGAGCACUAUCAGUUACUACAAAAAAUGAUGUUUGCAGUGUUUGUGCAGGUAUCCGUUCCAGAUCACUUGUAAAGUAUAUUGACAAAACAUUACGAGUUCACCAAGAUGAUUUCAAACCGAUUUCAAAUGAAUUGAAGACAAUUCCGUUUAUUGCUGCUUUGCCAAGACCCGGCUAUUGGGCUUUUAGAUGGUUAACAGACGAUUGUGAAACUAGUGGACUUUGCGCUAAACAUUCUGAAAAAAAUACAGAGGGAAUAAGAUAUCAGUUCUGCAGACCAACAGAAAUCUAUAAUCACAACUGUAAGGAUCUUGUCAGUUGUCAUUCUAAGGUAAUGAAACUUCAAUGUUCAAACGAGUUUCACAAAUUAUUGGGCGUUUUACACCUUGAUGCAUCGUUGGAUGUUCCAACUGUCAUACGGUUACUUACAACACAGCUUGAUGCAAUGCAGUUAACUUUUCAAUACCAGCAGCCGCACGCAAUAAAAAGCCCAGAACAGUGUGUUUCGGACGUAUACAAACGCUUAAAUUCUUGCUUUCAAACGCUACCAGAAGGACAUGAGAUACCAGAGGUUUCAGAAAUGCGUAGAAAUUCCAUAAUUUUUGUAAAAGAUCGUUUUAUAACACCGCUGAUGAUUGCUAGGAACGUACUUGCAGAUUGUCGACCACAUUUGUACAGGCUUAACGACAGUGAAAUUAAAGGAUGUUCUGCAUUAUGUACUGUUUUGCAAAUCCAGGGUCACUUCAGUCCGUCCGAUAUUGUAAAAACAUUGAGGUCAUUUUAUGAGGACAAACAUUCUAAACAACUGACAGACAAAGAAUUGUCUCAGUGCAAAAAUAUUCUGGAAGUUCUCACUGACGAAAUGAAACGGAUGAAAAUAACAACAAAUGUAUUUGUAGAACAUGAGUGGGAAGUGUUUAUUCCGGAUGAAGACAAAGUUCUCUUUCGAAGUACCGAGCUUUGUUUCAAUGAUUUUGAUGCAGCUCCGAGAAGUGAUACUAUGAGAUUUGUCCACGAAGGCAUUCCGAAAAACGUGUGUAAAUCAGUUGGUGUGAAAAAGAAAAAGGUGCAGAUUUUCGAUGAAAAUACCGAUGACCUUGAGGAUUUUUACCAAGAGGAGCCUUUAGUUACGAGAAUAAAGACUUUAAUAGACGCCUAUCCUUUAGACAGUGGUAUAUUCAAAGAACUACUUCAAAAUGCAGAUGAUGCAGGAGCAACAGAGAUACAUUUCAUUUUGGAUGGUGACAUGCACUCAUGCACAAAUCUUAUGUCGAAAAAAAUGAAGCCUCUUCAAAACAAGUCACUUUGUGUUUACAACAACAGUCAAUUUACCGAAAAAGAUUUGAUUGGUAUCAGAAGACUAGGACAAGGGAGUAAAGACGACGAUCCAUCGAAAACGGGUAGAUAUGGUGUUGGUUUCAAUUCAGUGUAUAACUUGACUGAUGCUCCCUCCUUUUUGACGAAAGGAAGUGUGGUUCCUAAUGGGGAAGCACUGUGUUUUUUCGAUCCGCUUGCGCGCUUUAUUCCUGGAGCUACCCGAAAAAAACCUGGAAAACAGGUAAAAAAUGUACAGUUAUUUCGAGAUCAUUAUUCAACGACUUUAGAUGGCUAUCACGAAGACCAUUUCACAGCACACGAAGGUACAAUGUUUCGAUUUCCUUUGCGAGCAGAACCGUCUGAUAUCAGUGAACAACCAUGUACGUUCGAAACAGUAAAACUUUUGCUCGAGGAAUUUAAAACGGGCUUAAAAACUGCUCUUCUGUUCUUGAAAAACAUUCACUCAAUAAAGGUGGGCGAAAUACACGAAAAUAAAUAUACCGAAUUAUACAAAGUCUGUUUGGUGAUGGACGCUACAUCUCGAGAAACGAGACGCUCUUUUACUGAAAACUAUAAUAAAUGGUGUCGUUCUUACAUUGAAGACAGAAAUACCGUUGUAGAAGCUUCACCGUAUUUCGCUUUGUACAAAGUAGAUAUUGUCGUGAAAAGUGGAAUAUUACAAAAAGAAAGCUUUACUGUUUCACAAGCAUUGGGGUUUAAAUCGGGGCCGUCUGCUGAAUUAUCCAAACGCAUAACUGAGAGAAAUAUUGGAAUGAUGCCGGUCGCCGGUGUAGCUUGUAGAGUUAGAAACAAGAAUACCCGUGUUGUACCAGAAACCGGGUACAAUGUACACUGCUUUCUACCCUUACCAAUAGAUUCAGGUUUGCCAGUAUACGUACAUGGUCACUUUGCACUUGAUCACGAGAAUAGGCGGUCUCUUUGGCAAGAAAAGGAAGACAAGGCAUGUUUUAAAACAAUGUGGAAUACAAAUUUGAUACAAACUGUACUAUGUCCAGCUUAUGUCAAACUUUUCGAUGUCGUUCGUGAUGAAGAAACAAAAGAUAUAACAGACUUUCAAGUGCAAAGUAAAGUAAAUGCAGUGGUAAAUUAUGUAACAGGCCUACUUCCUCGUGUGAAUGACGUGAAAGGAGAUUACUGGAAAUUGCUCACCAAGUCUGUAUUUCAAGAAUUGGUCAGGGAAAACCAUCUGUUUUUGCCAUGUUGCUUAAACAAGUGUAUUGAGACGACCUCAUACAUAGUUAUUAAAGACGUAUCUAUCCAUAGCUGUCUUUACUGGCUUUCUCUGAAAAGCGACGAAGAUAAAUUCCCUGUAUAUAACAGUGAAGAAUCAAGCCAAUUAGGCGAUUUUUCUAAAUCGCAGCAAAAUGCUGUAUUGAGAGACAUUGGAAUGAAAAUAGUAUUUGUAAAUAAAACAGUGCAAGAAACGUUGCUUUAUGCAGAAGAACCAAUUCUUAAUGUUACGCCUGCGAUUGUCAUGGACUUUCUGUGCUCGUAUGAUAUGAAUGUUAGAGACGGCUGUACAAUAAACACAGAUGUUGAAAUCGCCUGCACUUUUUUGAAGUCCGUUGCAAACCUAAAUUUGCUGAUUAAAUAUAUUGUCCAGGAACCAAAAUAUUUGUUAGAACAUCUUAGUAAAAUGCCCAUAAUGCUUUGUGAAGAUGGGAUUUUGCGUUGCUUAAAGAGGAGAAGUAUUUUCAUUACAAGCUUUUCAAAGCUAUUUGAUAAAAACAGGAGUUUAUUUCUUCACCAUGCAGUUUACAAAGAGCACAACGAAAAGUUCAAAGAAAUGAUGCAGCUAGAUUCAUCAAUAUUAAAAGAAUUCACUGUAAAUGAAUUUAGCAGACUUGCCAAACUGUCGAGCUUUGUAACUGCUGAAAGUACAACAUACGUUCUUUGGGACGAAGACAAAUUGGCAAGUGAUUGGUUAAAACAAUUCUGGUUGUUUUUCGAAGAGUGUGUGUUAAAGCAAACAAAGAUCAAUGAGAAGACACCCAAGGAAAAAUGCGUUGCAAAUAUCUUAAACGAUGUUAGUGAGUUUGCACUCGUGCCAAUUAAGAAAAAAGAUGGGAAAAGGUUAUGUGCACCUAAAUUGCUCUAUUCAUUGAUUGUAGCUGGCACAUUUUCACUUAAAUAUGACAAGGUGUUUAGCAAACUGGACAUUCCGGCAAUUGAAAGAGGUGUAGUUGGCUCUGCUUUUGGGAAAGUUUGUGCAUACGACUGUCUGACUCCAAACAUGGCAAGGAAUGAGAGUCCAAACACUGUUGCACGAUGCCUUCAUUUUCACAAGGAUAAACUUCAAGCUACUAACCUAUCUGUAGAUGACGCCAAAACCAUUCUUAGGUAUUUCAAUGAUAAUCUGCCAAUCAAUAAUGUCAGCAAGGACACGCUGAAAUCAUUGCGGUUGUUCUCAACAUAUACAGGUGAUCUUGUUGUUUUGAAAGAUUUUAAAACGUCUUGUUUGAUUCCAAACGCCAUGCCAAAAUGUGGAAUAAAUGAGAUUAUAAAAGGGAGCAGUGUUCUUCUAAUCGAAAUAGAUCAUACUCUUGACGCAUUGAUGAAAGAACUUGACGUGAAGGAAAGAAGAAUAUUAGAUGUUUACAUCGAUCAUAUUUUGCCAAUGCAAAAGCACAUGGCUCGAGCGGAUUUUUAUGAACACGUGAAAUAUCUAGCGCGGUAUAUGGAAGAACAUGAAGACCUAAAAAAGCAGAAAAAUGGAAAGAUUGUUCAAAUGUUACAAACAGCACAGUUUGUAGAAACAACGGAUGGUUUUAAACGAGUACAGGACUUGUUCGACAUUAAACAUCCAGUAUUUGCUAAGUUUUGCAAAGAUUCCGAAUUUUUGCCAAUGGCUCUUCGAGAUCCGUCUUUACGAAAAUUGAUGAAACAACUGAAUUUGACAAUAGAAUUACAGUUAAACCAUUUUGUGCGGUUUGCACAUGAAAUAGCAUCAGCUUCUGGAAUCGGUGUGAUAUCCAAAGAAGUAUUUGAAAAAUCAAAUCUACUUUUGAAUCAAUUGUGCAGCAUGAACGAUGACUUUUUCAAAAGCAAUUGUAUUGACAAAUUGCUGGACAUUCCAUUUGUCGUACCCUACGUAGUGGAAAACCAGUAUGUUCCAAUAGCUGAUAGCAUUUCGAGAGGAAAGCUUGCACCAAUACGUGGAAUGGUUAAACGAGAAAAUUGGAAGAUAUGCUGGUCUUCGUCUCUGGUAUUUCCUAUAGAGUUAAGGCAAACACGUAAACAAGUUAUGUCAUUUCUAAAGAUUCUGGACAACCCUUUACCGGAUCAGUGGUGUGCGCAUUGCAAAACUGUUGGAAAAAACAUACUAAAUGCUUUAAAAAAGGCUCCUAAAACCAUUGAUCAGAAGGAUUCAAAGUUUGUGAUGGAAUGGAUUUAUAAAUCCGUCAGCUUUUAUGAACAAAACGUGGAUAUGAAGACGGAAUUUUUCGACAUUCCAAUAGUUUACCUCCCCGAAAGAAAUUUUAUCGUUCCUGCAAAAAACAUUGUAGUACAAUGUCAAAGUACCGAUGAAAUUCCACCGUACGUUAUGCAAGCUCCUACCUAUUAUGGGAAAUAUUUUGACACCUUUUUAAAAUUAGGUGCAUACCAGUCCGCCGAAUUACCUUGCUAUUCGGCUGUACUGUCCCAGCUUUUACACGGGGAACCGUUAUUACCUAAGGAACUGUCAGAUGCAAAGAAAGCCAUGAUGAAAAUCAUGGAAUUGCUGCGUUCUGAACCGUCAGAUUGCGUUCGAUUACCAGAGUUGUUUCUCCUUUGUAGUGAUACAUUAAUCAGAAAAUCAACUUGUACCGUUGUUGCCGACCAUCCCUUUUACAGGAAAAGGUUGGAAAUAAAUCUGAAGACUAUUCCUUUUGUUAUGACAUUCCGCCAUCGUUCCGAAUUUGAAUUGAAAAGCUGGUUUAAGAAACUUCCGCAAAAUAUAAGGCCGCACUUUUUAACUGACGUUGUUAAGGAAGAAAUAGAUACUUCAAGAAUGACUGUAGUUCCUAACGAGGUUGUCAGCAAAAUUAAAGAUUACAUGCAUUCCUCAUUGUUUAAGGAGUUCUUGUUGAGGCUAGCAAGGCAUUCAUAUAUAACGAAGAACAAAGCUGAGUGGGAAAAAGAAAUGGAAAGUAAAAUAAUUAACAGAAUAAGCAAUUUGGACAUUAAAUGCGUUGAAGGAAUAAAUACUGUUUUACAAAUGUACUCAGUGGAAACAGGACUAAAAGAAAACUUGCAAAAAGUUUCCGGAACUGAAUUGUCAAAACCGGUCCAUACGCAGUAUACAGAUGAAAAAACGGAAAUAUUUGUGCAAUUCUCCCGCAGCCUUCUGUGGCUUGAUGAAGUAAAAGAAGAUUUGCUUAAGUUCAUUAAAACUAUAACAGAAGGAUCAAUUGACGACAUUUACGGAUACCUUAUAAUACGCAUACUGAAUUAUUCUGCAACGCGAAAAGACAUGGACGAAACGUUCGAACGUUCAGGUAUUUUACCGUACGAUGUAAAGUUUGAAGAAGAUCCCAUUUCUCCAGAACCAGGUAGAUACGUUCCUAAGCAUUUGCAUAAAUACUUAGAUAACAGUUAUGGGAUUAUUCAUGACUUCGAGUACAAUUUUAUUGCCUAUUUAGUUGAAGAUCCGGCUCUGUGUGACGAUGAGAUAGACGAUUAUUCGCCAACAUAUAUUUUUGUUAGAGUAAUCCAAAGGAUAGAAAGGACUGCACAAGAGCACGAACUAGUGCAAGAGUACGAAAUAAACAUCGGAGAAGAGAAAACCGUCACAGUGAAAGCAUAUUUGCUAUACAAAUUUGUUCGACAGAAGAAGGUUCAACUUUCUAAAGAAAGAUCCAUUGUCUUAUAUGAAAGAGAAUCAAGCGAAGCGUCGUUUGUGCAAGAACGAUCAUUAAAGGAUAUUUGCGUUGAAAUAAGACAAAUAUUGAUUGAUGCAUGGCCCAGAAAUGACAUCGAACGCCGGCAUAUUGUCAAACGCUUAAUGCUGAAAUGGCACCCUGAUAAAAAUCCAGACAAAGUUAAAUUAGCGACAAAAGUGUUUCAGUACAUUCAGCACUGUUUAGGUUUACUUGAAAGCGGCAAGCCAAUUCCUGAAUAUGCAGGAGACGACGAAGAUUUUGUCAAACGAAGUCAAUCUUCUGGCGGGUCAUCGUACUGGCAUGAUCGAUUCUGGCAAAGAUACAGAGGGAGCUACGAUGACGAUGAUUGGUAUCCACGAGGGAGGAGAAAUAGAAGAAAAAAGGGAAGCGGAGCACACGGAGGGCAAUACAACUACGAUCCUUUUUCGGGGUUCUUUUCCGAAGAUAGAAAGCCAUAUCACUUUUACAGCGAGGCCAAGCGAUGGCUGGCGCAGGCUGAUGCGGAUUUACUAGAAGCAGAGAGAAGUCUGCGAGACUCGGAAAUGGCAAACAACUGGAUAUGCUAUAAAGCUCAUCAGGCAGCUGAAAAAUCUUUGAUGGCAGCCUGGUACGCAAAAGACGCGAACAAAAUUGGCAGUGUUAAAGACAGCCAUGAGUUGACUUCUAUCGCCUACGGUCUUGAUAGUACAUUGAAGGCGCUCGCCAGACAAAUUACUGUCAUUUCUGGAGAUCAUAGGCGCAUGCGCUAUCCACAUACUUUAUCUGGUACGAUUCCUGCGCAUGCGUAUACGAGGCAAAAUGCAGACAUUAUGACUUCUUUAGCAAAGGAUGUCAAUGCGCAUGUGCGAGGUAAUUUUCUGAAGUAAAAACACUGAGUUUUCGUAUUUAUGGACACAACUGAGGUUUUGAAUUGUGCAUUACUUUUCAUUUUCUGAUGAGAAAUAAUGCGUGUGGUGUGUUAUUUUGAAAACUAUUGAUUUGCUAUUUUGUUGGCGAUUUUUAUUGAUUUGAAAUCUUCAAAUGAGUGUAAUUGGUUAAUAACAUUUUCCUUGUAUACAUACAAUACUAUGAUUUUGAUAGACUCACAUAGAUUUGAUAGUUAGUUUCUUCCACACAUGUUUUUGUUCUAUUGGCAAAGUUUCUUCCACACAUGUUUUUGUUCUAUUGGCAAUUAUAGUAUUUUGUUCAUGAAUGUAUUUCUGUUUUAUUAAGUGUGAAAUGUUAAUUAAUGUAUUAUUGUACAUAAUGCUUGAAAUAAGAUUGUAGAAUAAUUGUUGCCAUUGUUUUUCAUAACAUGAAAUGUCACAGUAUACAGAAAUAUGAAAAAGAAGAAAAAGAGAAAAAUAUAUCACCAGUUCGCUUUGCUUUUUACAAGAAUUAUAUUAAUGCCAUACAUGCAAGUGUGAAAAAUAUGUGCGUUUAGUUUGAAUAUUAUCAUUAUGCUUUUGAUUUUCAUCUUUUGAUACAAUCAUAUCUAUACCAUUGCGGAAUGGGUUUUACUAUAUGCGUAUAAGAGUGUGUUAAAAAUGUUAAAUUAAGUGAUUAAUUGUUUUAAAUAAUUAUGCAAUUUUCUAAGUUAGUUAGUAGCCUACUGAUUAUAAGGUAUUUGAAUGUUGUGUACUUUUUAAGAAUGUAGAUAGUGUAAAUAUUUCCCUUGCUGACAUGUUUUGUGUUUAGAGGACAACCAAAUAUUUGCAUUUGUGUUAUGUAUAAAAUUUGCUUUUGAUUUGAUCAUUAUUGGUAAAUCUAUAAUAUGUUCUUUCAAGUAUCUGAUGACAACCAAAUGAAAAAUAUGAUAACCGUAUUAUUUAAACGAUGUAAGGAAACGAUGCAACUAGAAAUCAUUGCCAUAUUAUUUUUCUUGUAGCAUGGCAUUUGAUUUGAUUGGAGCUUCAGUAGCACUUUUGUAAAUAAUAAAAGUGAUAUAAGUACAUUGGAUAUGUUUUCUUCUAUAUGACCUGUUCACUUGAUUGACAACUUAUGCACUUAUGUGUUUAGUUAGUAGCCUGUUAGUUAGUUGGACACUUUAUAAUCUGUUUAAUCAUUUGUUGUAUAUAAUGUCAUAUUAUUAUAUUUAAAAAUUACACACUUUUUUAUCUUUUUAAUCUAUAUUGAGAUAUCUUUGAUUUCGAUUUUAUGCAUUGUAUCAUUUCUUUGAAUUUCAGUCCUUCAUUUUUCGAGAUACUGUUGAAAUGCUUUAAAUGCCAAUAACUAAAGUUUUGUUUGUAUUCGAUCAUGCUUUGUCUCUGAAUGCGUGCGAUACCAUUGUCGGUAUAUACGUUGAUUUCCUUAAUUAUAAAAUACAUAGCUUUUCUUGGAUGUAAUUUAUCUAAAUUUCGUGUCUGAACGUGUGUAUAGGAUGGAUGAUUUAAUGAAACAAUUAGAUCUGCAUAUAGUGUGCUAGUGUGUUAAUUGGAUAAUACUAUAAUGAAAGGUUUCACAAUGCUAUCUGCAUUAAGUGUCAUAAUGUGUCACUAGGAUAAUACUAUGAUGAAGGGUUUCACAUUGCUAUCUGUAAAUAGUGUCAUAAUGUGUCAAUGGGAUAAACUUAUAUUGAAAGGCUUCACAAUGUUAUCUGUAAAUAGUGUCGUCAUAACUUAGUCAAUAGGAUAAUACUAAAUGAAAUGUUUCACAAUGCUAUCAGUAUAUAUUGUCAUAAUUUGUCAAUAGGAUAAUUCAAAAACGAAAGGCUUCACAAUGUUAUCUGUAUAUAUUGUCAGGAUAAUUAAAUAAUGAAGGGUUUCACAAUGCUAUUUGGAUAUAGUGUGCUAGUUUGUCAAUAAGAUAAUACAAUAAUGAAGGGUUUCACAAUGCUAUCUGUAUAUAUUGCCAUAAUGUGUCAAUAGAAUAAUUUAAUAAUGAAGGGUUUCACAAUGUUACCUGAAUAUAAUGUCAUAAUGUGUUAAUGGAAUAGUUCUAAUAUAAUAGUGAAAGGUUUCACAAUGCUGCCUAAUUUUAGUGGUUAAAUGUGUUUAUAGGAAAAUGAUACAUUGUAUAAUGAAACGUUUCACAAUGCUUUCUGUAUAUAGCGUCGGUUGGGUGUUAACACACAUAUACUUGAUAAUUAUUCUAUUUGUUUAUAUUCUGUAAAAUAUAUAUCAUUUAAAUGAUCUGUUACCUGUUACGCAGCACUGCGCCUGUUUUUUUCUGUACAUUGCGACUCAUAACAGCAGGAGUUAUAUAUUUGUUUUUUUUUAUUGUCUACAGAUAAUAUGAUUUACACAUUUUAUUCAUUUUACUUUAAUCGAUAAUACUGUUAAUCAUUUAUAUUUAAAUGUAUUUUUAUGUAAGCUAUUCUGUUUUCGUGUUAGGCUGGACCGCAUUCUGUUUUUAUUCAGUAAAAACUGACAGGAAACAGCAUGUUGUAUUAAUAGUUGUCCAGUAAACUGUAAACAGUUGAAAUAAUUAACAUAAUUUAAAUAAUUAAUAUAUGUUUGUACAUAAUAGUGAGUGUUGUUUGUACGAUAUGUAACAUCAAAAUAAUGUUGUUCUGUUUUCAUGUUACGCCGACCCCAUGUGAGUUUUCUGUACUAUGUGACAGAUAAAGAAAGUAUAUAUAAAUGUUCUGUAAAUAGAAGGUUUAAUUUACAAGACAGAAUAAAUCGUUUAUUGUUCUAUUAUAUUUUAUAAUUUUGGUUGAGCUUUUUAUGUUGCAAACCGCUUAAUGCAAAACAUUCUGUCUUCGUGUUAGGCUGGACCACAUUCUGUUUUUCUGUAAUAAUUGACAUAAAACAGUUUGUAGUAUUAAUAUGUGUGCAGUAAACUGUAAACAGAUUGUAAAAUUUACUUGGUGUAAAUAAUUGAAAUAUGUUUUUACCAGAUAUUGUUUAUUGUUUAUAUUAUAUAUAUAUUAAUAUAGUAAUAAUUAAUCAAUCGUUUAAUUGUUAUGUCAAACAGUCUGUUUUCGUGUUAGGCUGGACCGCAUGCGGUAUUUUCUGUAAUCACUGACAGAAAACAGUAUGUAGUAUUAAUAUUUGUCCAGUAAACUGUAAACAGAUGAUAUUUAUUAACAUGACGUAAAAACUUGAAGUAUUGUAUCUAUGAUAUGUAUCACAAACGUAAUAUUGCUCUGUUUUUGUGCUACGCAGGACCGCAUGGGUGUUUUCUGUACCGUAUGACAGAUAAAACUAUGUUAUAUAAAUGUUCUGUAAACUGUAAACAGGGGAUACUAUUUACAUGGCGUUAUCAAUUGAUAAUUGUAUUUUUACCUAUGACAAUAUAAAUCAUUUUAUGUCAUAAACCGCUUAAACUUAUUAUGUAAAUGCUCACAUAUAACUUUCAUUACAUCUAUUUUCUUGUUACACAGGACCGCACGUGUAUUUCUAUACUUUGUGACAGAUAACGGCAUGAGUUAUGAAAAAUGUUCUGAAAUAUUUAACAGAUAAUUCAUCACGACUUUAUAAUUUUUUAAUAUACUAUUACCUUUUAUACUGGAAAUAUGUUAUAAACGCUUAGUAAUUAAAUUGCCAUGUGAACCGUUCUGUUUUCGAGUUAGGCUGGACCGCAUUCUGUUUUCUGUAUAAAAUGACAAAAAAAAAACAGUUUGUAGUAUUAAUAUUUGUCCAGUAAACUGUAAACAGAUCAUAUACUUUACAUGACGUAAAUGAUUUAAUAUUGUUUUACCAAGUAUUGUGUUUUGUAUGUAUUAUCUAUAACAGAAGAGCAAUAGCUUUAUUGUUAUGUUAAAUAUCUGUUUUCGAGUUAGGCUGGACCGCAUUCUGUUUUCUGUAUAAAAUGACAAAAAAAAAACAGUUUGUAGUAUUAAUAUUUGUCCAGUAAACUGUAAACAGAUCAUAUACUUUACAUGACGUAAAUGAUUUAAUAUUGUUUUACCAAGUAUUGUGUUUUGUAUGUAUUAUCUAUAACAGAAGAGCAAUAGCUUUAUUGUUAUGUUAAAUAUCUGUUUUCGUGUUAGGCUGGACCGCAUUCUGUUUUUUUCUGCAUACACUGGCAGAAAACAGUUUGUAGUAUUAAUAUUUGUCCAGUAAACUGUUAACAGAUUGUAGAAUUUACUUGGCGAAAUAAUGAAAACAUAUUUUACCAGAUAUUGAUUAUUGAUUAUAUUAUAUAUACCAGUUAAAUUAUAUUUUAUUAAUCGUUUAAUUGUUAUGUAAAACAAUCUGUUUUCGUGUUAGGCUGGACCGCAUGGUGUUUUUCUGCAUAAAGUGACAGAAAACAGCAUGUAGUAUUAAUAUUUGUCCAGUAAACUGUUAACAGAGUGUAAAAUUUACAUGAUGUAAAUGCUUAAUACAGUUGUUACAAUAUAGAUUGUUGUAUGUAUUAUAUAUAACUGAAAGUAAUAUUUAAUUAAUCGUUUUAUUGUUAUGUAAAACAUCUAUCUGUUUUCGUGUUAGGCUGGACCGCAUUUUGUUUUUCUGCAUACACUGACAGAAAACAGUUUGUAGUAUUAAUAUUUGUCCAGUAAACUGUAAACAGAUUGUAGAAUUUACUUGGCGAAAUAAUGAAAACAUAUUUUACCAGAUAUUGAUUAUUGAUUAUAUUAUAUAUACCAGUUAAAUUAUAUUUUAUUAAUCGUUUAAUUGUUAUGUAAAACAAUCUGUUUUCGUGUUAGGCUGGACCGCAUGGUGUUUUUCUUCAUAAAGUGACAGAAAACAGCAUGUAGUAUUAAUAUUUGUCCAGUAAACUGUGAACAGAUGAUUCAUUUACAAAACGUUGAUAACUAUAUAUGUAUUUAAAAUCGUUAAAUGUUUUUAUGAUGGUACCAUUAAAUAAAUGUUGCUCUGUUUUCGUGUUACGCAGGACCACAUGUGUAUUUCUGUACUUUGUGACAGCUUACUGUGUGCGUUAUAUAAAUGUUUUGUAAACUGUAAACAGGCGAUAUAAUAAACAUGACGUUGUAAGUUGUAACUUGUUUUAUGUACAUUUACCUAUUAUCAUUGAUAUCAUUUAAUGUUACAAACGUUUAGUCGUUUCAUUGUUAUGUGUAAAGUUCUGUUUUCGUGUUAGGCUGGACCGCAUUCUGUUUUUCUGCAUAAACUGACAGAAAACAGUGUGUAGUAUUAAGAGUUGUCCAGUAAACUGUCAACAGAACAUAUUAUGUACAUCACGUAAUAAGUUUAAAUCUGUAUUUUGCCUUUUUAAUGUUGUAUAUACAAUAUGUUAUAUAUCAAAUAUUUGCUCUGUUUUCAUUUUUUUUCUACUGUGACAGAAAACACUAUACCAACUGUAAUUAGACGACAUUUUUUCCGCGAUAAAUAAUUGUGUUAAACGCUGUUAAAGUAGUUUUCUGUAUACAUGUACAACCAUCAGUUUUCGCGAUAUGGUGGAUGGCAUGUAGUGAUUUCUUUCUGUUGAGACUGACAGAAAGCAGCAUGUACUACUGAUAUAACUCACAAGAAGUGAAGAUUGAAAGUACUAUUAAAAAAUGUAGAGUGUAAUAUUACUUCUAGUAUUAAUUUAUAAUGUAACGCUUACUUAACAUUCGGAUGGAUAUUUUUAAAAAUAAAACACAUUUUUUGUCUCUUUAAUCGUUUUUCUAUUUUUUUUUAUUAAAGUGACGGCUUUUCUUGCAAAUUCUGUUAUUUUCUUCCAACUUUCUCUUUGAUUUUUUUUUAUUUCACUUGACACAAUAUCAUAUAAAAUCAUAUGUAAAGAAGUUGAUUAGCGUUUAAAAAAAUACAUAAAUCAGUUAAGAAGCUAGUUUAAAGCGAUGAUAAGUUGAUUUGAAUUUUUUACUAUUAUCAAAUUCAUUUGUUUCUGAUUUAUUAAAAAUGAAAAAAAACUUAAAGUGUAUGUUAGUUGAUAUCGAAUAUGUUUGUAUGCAACGUAUGAAUGAAAUAAAACUAUAUUCACUA